ACUGAUCCUGAUGACCCUAGCGGAUUGAUUCUCCCAAUCUUAUACACCUGUCACUCUGACAAUCAAGAUAAAUGGGUGACUGCAAUCUAUGUUCUCAAAGGCACCCUCAUGCUCUACGGUCUGUUCCUCGCAUAUGAAACACGAAAUGUUCAGUUUGAACAUCUGAAUGAUAGUCGUAUGAUUGGUGUGUGUGUGUACAAUUGUGGGGUAAUGAGUGUACUUGGUGGAUUACUGAGGAUAAUUUUGAGUGAAAGUUUUUAUAAAGAAAGUUAUGGAAUAACUGCAAUUUGUAUAAUCUUUCCAUCUCUUGGGACGCUGUUCCUUAUAUUUCUACCAAAG